GAUAGCAGAAACUGAAGAUGACCGGAAUAAAUGGAUCGACACGUUACAGCUAGCAAUGCGCCUGAAACGAUCAACUGUGUCUGUAUCAGAUGUAUUAAAAACAUCAACGUCUGAAGAUAUUUCCGGAAACUCAGAUGAUGAAUUCUGGGAAAAAGAUUCGUCACCAGGACAACAUCAUUUAUAUUCCACCAUAGACCAUACAGGUGAUACCUGCGAAGACGAUGUUUUCGAUGACGUUGAAAGCAAGCAUAACAAAUUACAGACUCAUAUUUAUGAACAAUGUGACUUUGCAAUUACGCAGAAUCAUAAUCCAAAAUCUUCGAGUAUCCAUACCACUGCAGACGAUGAGAGUUCCCCGUCAUAUGCAGUAGUUAAUAAGAGGCAACCGUCGACCCCUGUUUCGAAUCAAAACACUUUGGAUGCGGGUGUGCAUAGAGAAAGUGGAUACGAAACUACGGAGCCGGGCGAUGCUUCCGAUAAUAUCGACAAUUAUAAUGAGAUUGGAGGUAUAGAAUUCGGUGGCGAAUGUGAAGAGACUGAUGGGAAAUUGGAUGACGAAGUGUCAGACGAUGGCGAAACACGUGCUGUUGAUUUGCUGAAGGAUUUACUUAGAAAAACCAUAGUGUCAGGCGAUCUAGAGGAUACUGACAAAGAUGAAAUUGAAACGAAUAAAGAGGAAGAGGAAAUAUCGGCAAUGGACAAACUCCGUGCGUUGCUAGGAAACGAAUAAUGAUUUGCAUGGGACAUAUUGCAAUAACAUCGUGAAUUAUUAAAAGGACAAAGUUUUGAAUUGUACAUUCGUAAAGAGAGGACUACUAUAUACAUUGGAACGUCGUUAUAAAUAUCUAUUAUUUUUUGUUUUCUUUAAGUCGUUUUGCUUUAUUGCCAUCAACAAAUCAAAGAAAUUGGUACCGUAACGAAAUAAUUAGGAUUAAAAUCAUGCACUGGAGUGUGAUUUAAUUUGUUUAUAUGCUUCGAAAAUCCUUUUUAUGCCUAAAAUCCUUCUUAGACUAAAAUACGGUACACACUGCGCCUGAGGAUCGUCAGUCGACGUGAUUUUUUAUAGCGAAUAGCUCAGCUUCUCCACGCGUCGUCAAACGCUCAUAGUCCUACAAUCUUCGCGUGCGACGCAGUGUGUGCUCAUCAGCUUUUCGGAACUCAAAUUUAAUAAAAUACAGAUAGGCCUAUUUUGAUAGCUCCUGUUUUGUCAACGUACGAGCAUGAGGUUUCGCAAGCUUACAACAAUAACGAAUACGGUUACGUCAUCAAUUCUUUAGUCAAUCUAUCCAUAGAGUAUACAUCUGCCACAACUUAGCCCACCUUUUAUCCCUUACAAAUAUUCAGCUCGUAUAUAAUGUCAAGAAUGUUUAGGCACAAAUGACAAUUAUAUGAUGACGUAUCCUUUAUUCAUUAUCUUUUUCGUAAGUUUGCUAAACUCUAAUAGGCCUAGGCCUAUUUCACUUGGAAUACACGAAGAUGCAAUCUUCAUUAUACAGAGCAGUAAGUUAAUAAGCAGAAUAUUUUAUUUGUAGUUAAAUUGUGUUCAAGAAACUAAUUCGUCGUUGUUUUGUUUUAUCAUUUGAUGUAACAGGUGUAUUUUGCUUCGACUUUAUUUUGUUUAUUCUGCUAUAUAGCGUUUUUGUUAAGAAUUUAUAUAGGCCUAAGCUUAAUGACCAUCAUAAUCGUCCUCUUCAUAGCAUAGACUCUGACUUUAGAUUCUUAUGUAAAUGUGUACGCAAUGACCACUGUAGCAGUACAAACAAAAUAGGAAAAGAAUGUUAACUUGUUAAGUUUGAACAAAUGUGAACGUUAUUUAUUAAAGAAAUGGUUUCUAAUUUAAAGUACCGGUAUUUGUUAUUAUGAAAAUAGAAUUACUUAUUUGUUAAAUAUCAUUUAAGUGUAUGCACCAAAAUCGGCAUACCAUGAGAUGGAAAAUGAUGAGUUUUACAACACCUAAGCUCUGUCGACACUAUCAUUUCUUUUUUUUACAAAAAAACACUGUUGUAUGCCCAUAUAUAGUCACGACGUGCCUAUAUAUGGUCAUGAUGUGAUGUCAUCAUGACCAUAUUUAGGCAUGUCACAUGUUUUUGUCAAACA